AUGAAUAUGGAACGUAAAGUGAAAUGUGAAGCCGCAGUGGAAUCUCUUAAGGUAUGUGAGCAGACUCAUUCAGUCAUAACGGAUGCUUUAUAUCAUUGUCCUCCACCACCUAAACCUCCGUUUGUUAUUGGGAAAGUUCGGCGUGGGCCGGUUACGCCUCCAAAUCCUGAUAAGAGUCAUUUGUUGGCAAAUAAUGAUACAGCAAACCAACUGAAUAUCAGUGGAAGCGAUUAUUCUGAAGCAAAUUCUGAUCGCAGUCUUCUAAGUAGCGUGACAAAUAUUUCAACUAAUCCAGUUUCGGCUGAGCGAAAAGUAAGACGUGGUCCCCAUACUCCACCAUAUCCUCCGAAGUCACCCCAGUCUAGAUCACCGUCACCAGUAACCACUGAAAAGCCAGUAAUCAUAAAAUCAGUCCUGAAGCAAACAACAGCGAGAGAUCGAAGUCCAGUAAUUAUCUUACCUACAGUUAAUUUGUGUAAACCGAACUAUUCUGGUGGUACAAAUAUUAUGGGAUAUCACGGCAGUAAUGGUAUUUCACAAAUACCUUAUUUCGGUUCUGUACCGGGUAUACAUGUACAGCCAUUUCUAAUGGUGCAGCCGGCCUCAACAUCCACCACCCUGCCUCCAUAUAUGAAUACACAGAAGAGCAACCACACAACUGGAAUUUUUCAAACUCCUACUUGGUCAGGAGAUUCUGGCUUUAGAGUUUGCCCUUCUUUCAGUUUUGGUUCAUCAGUUCCGAAUCAGAAGUUUUCUAGCGAACGCAUAUUCGGUCCUGAAAUACUUACCGUCCCUCCACCGCCACCACCUCCACCACCACCAAAUGAUGUGCGACUAGUAUCACAGUCGAGUUUUUGCGUGAAAGACAGUAACGCUUGUUCUGUUAAAGGCGAUUCGAAACCAGGGACACCCAUCAUCAAGCCAAGGGACAUACCAAUGGCUUUGGAUCCGAUACUGCUUGAUCUUGCUGACUUGUCCCCAAAACCACGAGUUUCUAAGUCAAUAAAGUCCGUACGCAUACAAAACGAAAGAAGGAAAAUAUUUUUGCGCAGAGACUCAGUUGUUAAAGAAGACCGCGGUGCCCCAGACACAGAAAAUUGUGGACUGAGAUCUACUUUCAAAUUAGUUGGAGCUGGAAAAAAGGAAAGUGAUAAAAAGGCGAAAGAGGAGAAAAUGAUUGAAAUUUUAAAACCAUCCGAAAAGAUGAAGCGUGAAGAGUUGAAUGGUGUGGAAAAUAAGAAUCUGAAAGCUUCUAUUGGUGAUCCACAGGAAAUCAAACAGUCAACUAAUAACUUUCUUGAAUCGAUGAAAAGCGAUAGGAAAAUGAAUAAGGAUGCAUCGGGGAGUACACUUUCAAAUAGUAACAAUGAUUCGCUAAUAAAAGUUGUGGAUGAUGGAAAAAUAACGAAAGUAGAUAAAAAUAAGACGAAUAUUACUGUUACUAAAAUUGAUGAAAUCCAACAAACUGAAUUGGAUUUGGGAAUUAAACAAGUAGCUGAUAAUAAAAUACUUGCGGAACGAUUGGCUGUUGCCAAUUUGGAAGACGGCAUGUUAUUUCUUUUAUAG